AUGAACUCGGAGGCAGACAAAACACAAGCAACCAAUGCCACCCUGGCCAUGAGCAGCGCCGAAAAACAGCCAGCCGCGGAGAGCACUAUUCUGGCCAAUGGCAACAGCAAUGCCAAAAUCGAGGAAGUGGUGGUGGCCACCACAAGCUCAGCCAACGCAGUUGCCACAACGGCAGCGGCAGGAGCAGCAGCAGCAGCAGCAGGAGCAACGGUUAACGGAGGGGGAGGGCUGGUCACAUCGGCGGCAGCUGCCACGCCACCGCCCUCGGCCAAGACGGUGAAUGUCCGCGACACCACAAACUCGGCGGGGGUCAGCGGCGGCUCCGCUAGCAAGUCAAGCGGCCUGCUGACAGUCAGCAGCAAUCAUCACCAUCAUCACCACCAUCAGCAGUCGUCGUCGUCGUCAUCGUCGCAGCAGCAGCAGCAGCAGGCGGCGCCGUCUACAGUGGUCAUGCAGUCGUCGUCACAGCACCAGCGCAGCAACAAGAACGAAGAUGCACCCAACAUACUCGUGUACAAAAAGAUGGAAACCAUCAUUGAGAAGAUGCAGGCGGAGGCGACCGGUGUGGCCGUGCGCACUGUGAAGGCAUUCAUGAGCAAGGUACCGUCGGUGUUCACGGGCGCGGAUCUGGUCGCCUGGAUACUAAAGAACUUCGAUGUGGAGGAUGUGCCGGAGGCCCUGCACUUUGCCCACCUGCUCAGCUCGCACGGCUACAUCUUUCCCAUCGACGAUCAUGCGCUGACAGUGAAGAACGACGGCACCUUCUACAGAUUUCAGACGCCCUACUUUUGGCCCUCGAACUGCUGGGAGCCGGAAAACACAGACUAUGCGGUGUACCUCUGCAAGCGUACCAUGCAGAACAAGACGCGCCUGGAACUGGCGGACUACGAGGCAGAGAAUCUGGCCAAGCUGCAGAAGAUGUUCUCCCGCAAAUGGGAGUUUAUCUUCAUGCAGGCCGAGUCACAGAGCAAGGUGGCCAAGAAGCGGGACAAGCUGGAGCGCAAGGUGCUCGACUCGCAGGAGCGCGCCUUCUGGGACGUGCACCGACCCAUGCCGGGCUGCGUCAACACCACGGAGAUCGACAUCAAGAAGGCCUACCGACGCGGUGGCUCCAGCCAUGGAACUGGUUCCUCCGGCGCAUCCGUAGCCAAGAAUCCCGUCGAGCAGCUGUCUCGGAUCAUUGCUCUGCGCAAACAGAAGCUCGAGCGGCGCACGAUCAAAGUGUCAAAGGCGGCCGAGGCUUUGGUUGCCUACUACGAUCAGUACAAUGAGUUCGAUUACUUUAUAACCUCACCCGAGCUGCCAAAUCCCUGGCAAACCGACAGCACAGAGAUGUGGGAUACGGAGAAGAAUAGCAAAGAAGUUCCUGUUCGCCGCGUUAAGCGUUGGGCCUUCAGUCUGCGGGAGCUGCUGAACGAUGCCAUCGGACGUGAUCAGUUCACCAAGUUCUUGGAGAAGGAGUACAGCGGAGAGAAUCUGAAGUUCUGGGAGUCAGUGCAAGAGAUGAAGGCAUUGCCGCAGUCCGAGAUUCGAGAGGCUAUACACAAGAUCUGGCAGGAAUUCCUUGCCCCCGACGCCCCCUGCCCGGUAAAUGUGGACUCAAAGUCUGUGGAACUGGCUCGGGAGGCGGUCAACUCACCGAACGGCCCGAAUCGCUGGUGCUUCGAUGUGGCCGCUUCGCAUGUCUACCACCUGAUGAAGAGCGACUCUUACUCGCGCUACCUGCGCUCUGACAUGUACAAGGACUACUUGAACUGCUCGCGAAAGAAGAUCAAGUCCAUACCGAAUCUGUUUGGCGUGAAGCGUUGAGAUACACUCCGUGGCAUGCCACUCGUGCCGCUUGGCUAAGAUGUGGGAUCGCAUCGGAUCGGA